AUGCUGCUCAAUGCCAACAUCGCCCUCUGCUCCUCAAAGGCUCUUUUAGUCCCGUACUCAUCAUGGCAUGUACCCCAAUACCACGAAUGGAUGAAAGACCCGGAAAUCCAAGAAGCAACAGCCUCGGAGCCCCUAACUCUGGAAGAAGAAUACUCGAUGCAACGCAGCUGGCGCCAAGACGCCGACAAGCUAACCUUUAUCGUCUGUCGGGCAAUCACAACAGGCAUUGAAGACGAUGCCCCUAGCCAGACAGAGCUACAAACUGAAAGUGAUUCGCCGGCUACUAUGGUCGGCGAUAUCAACCUAUUUCUGCGCAUCGACGACGGCGAGGAGGGCAACAGCCCGCCGCGGAUAAUCGGCGAGCUCGAGCUCAUGAUCGCUGAGAAAGUCAACCAGCGAUGCGGGUUUGGGCGCGCUGCAUUACUCAUGUUUAUGCGGUAUAUUAUUCAGAACCAGGGUGCUAUUCUGGAUGAGUUUGUUGGUGGUGGUGAUGUUGAUGUUGAGACUGUGCGGAAGUUAGGGACUGGUGUUAAGACACUGGGGUCAUCGAAGGGGUUAUCGUUUGAGUAUCUCAAUGUCAAGAUUGGACAGACGAAUUUGAGAAGUUUGGCUUUGUUUGAGGGACUUGGCUUUGAGAGGGUUUCUGCUGAGCCGAAUUUCUUUGGGGAGUUUGAGUUGCGCAAGAUGGAUUUGAGUCUAAGUGGUAUUGAUGCGGCGCUUGAGGGGGCGAAUGUGCGAGGGUUUAUCGCUUUGCCUUAUGAGAGAACAGAAUAG